GCCAUGGCGGCGGUGGCUCGAGGCCCGUGGCUGCCUCGGACGUGGCUCUGCAGGAGGGCGGGGCCGGGCUGUGGACGCCACUACCGCGCCGCGCUCUGCGCCGAGCUGAAGCAGCCCUUGGCCAUCGAGGAGGUCGCCUCCCGCCCUGUCAGGCCUCAUGAGGUCAGAGUUGAUGUCCAUUUCUGUGGAGUUAAUUUUGCUGACAUUUUGGUCUGCCGUGGUCAGUAUCAGGAAAAGCCCCAACUUCCCUUCACACCGGGAAUGGAGUUUUCUGGGACUGUACUGGAGAUAGGCACCGAUGUCAGCAUAGUGAAGGAGGGAGAUCGAGUUAUUGGCGUGAGUGGCUUUAAUGUUAUGGCUGAAGAAUGCGUCAUUGACCAAAAGAUGCUGUGGCAGAUUCCAGAAAAGGUCCCCCUCCGAGAAGCUGCUGCCCUACCUGUAUCUUAUGGCACUGCUAUUUUGGCCUUGGAGCAUCGGGCACGCACUCGGCCAGGAGAAACUGUUUUAGUGACGGCAGCAGCUGGAGCCACAGGCCUGGCGGUGAUAGAUGUGGCAACCAACGUUCUUCAGGCUCAGGUGAUAGCUGCAACCGGAAGCGACGAGAAGUGCAAGCUGGCAAUGCAGAAGGGUGCACAGUCCACUGUGAACUAUAGUCAGGGCAGCCUGAAGGAGGCAGUGAGGAAGCUGGUGGGCAGUGCGGGAGUGAAUGUGGCCAUCGACACUGUGGGAGGAGAUGUCUUUCUGGAGGCGCUCCGCAGCCUGGCGUGGGAAGGCAGGAUCGUGGUGGUGGGUUUUGCUGGAGGAAACAUUGCUUCUGUGCCAGCCAACCUUCUGCUCUUGAAGAAUAUCUCAGCCAUGGGGCUGUACUGGGGCCGAUACAAAGAGCAGAGCUUUCCCGUCUUCUCCAGAACCCUAUCCUCGGCUCUUCAGUAUUGCCAGCAAGGGCGCAUCCAGCCACACAUCGGAGCAGUUUUUAAGCUGGAGGAGGUCAAUGAUGCCUUCCUUCAUGUGAUACAGCGUAAAUCCACGGGCAAGGUGCUUAUCUCCCUUAAAUAAAUCCUCACCUCAGCAGUCAACUCAGUGCAUCCAAAUCCAAACUCAUCAUCUCUCCAAAAAACCUCAUUUCCUUCCUGUGCUUCUAAAGGUGUUACCACUUUCCUUAUUAAUCUGCGUUCAAAAUCUUUGAGGGUCGCCUUUGAUUCUGUUUUCUUAUUCCUCUUAAUUAGUGUGACAUAUGCUUUAUUGCCUUAACUUGGAUGUCUUUGGGAGUGAAAGAAUGCUAUUAGUAGUUAAACCAGGAAGGCAGAUGUGCCAAGCAAAGUGGGAUGUAUGGUCAUCCUGUUCAGAAAGCAUCAGUGCCCUGGUUCUGUUGUCCCCACCUCUAAGAUAGCUCUGACCUCUGUAUCCUUUUUCCAUUCUGCCUAAUUAUGUCUCAUCUGCUAAUUUCAGUAACUUCCUCACUGGCUUUCCCACCUUUAAACUACCCCCACGCCUCCAUCCUUGUGAUACACUGUUCCCAUGGUGACCUUUCCAAAGUACAGCUAUGUCUUUGUUUUUACUCAAAACCUGCAAUGGCUUCCCAUUGUCUACCUGGCGGACUUCAGACUCUUCAAGCUAGCAUUCUUUAAUGUCCUUGAUUUUGCCCCGCUCUGCUUUAUGUUACAUCCCUCCGGCCCCUCCGUCUGCACUUACAUUUCCUGCCAACCCUCCUUUGCUCUGCUCCAACAGUUUCCUCUACUCCCUUAUCUCUGUCAAACAUAAGCCCUCCUGACCUCCAGGACUGACCUCUGCCAUGAACGAGGCUGUCACCUCAGGAGGGUGGUCAUUUCUUCCUUUCCACCUUCCUGUAGCUUUUCGCCCAGGAUCUGUCACAUUCUGCCUUGCACCCAAGAGAACAGCUGGUCUAGUAGAAUGAACGCAGCAUUUCACAUCUAAGAUGUGGGUUUGAAUCCCAGUCUUGCCACUUUGGAGGUGGUUACUGAAGGUUCACAAGACUUCCUUUUCUCACUGUAAAGCAGAUGUUACAAAAUCUACCCCGUAAUGAUGCCAUGAGCAAUACGUGCAGUGAUUGGGCAAAGUUUCUGUUGCAUGGUGAGCUAUUAGCGGAUGCUAUCUCCUUUACUUCUUUCUUUCCUCCUUUCCCAAUUUCCUCAAGAGCAGGUACCAUGUCUGAAUCACCUUUGUACUCUCACAAUUCCUAGCACUGUGAGUCACCCUUAUUAAAUACUCAAUAAAUGGAAUUGAUUUUGAA